AUGGAGACGCUACCAAUCCCUCUAGCAGGAGAGAAAGACACCUUUGAGCCGCAGCAACAACGGGGAAGGAGCCCCAAGGAGAGCCUUAACUCAACUACUCAAACCAGGCAGCAGCCCCAAGAGCCCGAAGUCCUUGAGCUGAGAAUGAGCCCCGCUGCAGCCAGCCAGACCCCAGAGACUCCGCAGGGCGCUGGGAGGCGGGCUGCUGUGCUGGAAGACGCCGUGGAGUCUCACGGAUCCGCUGGUGAGAAGCCAGAGCCCCUCGGCGCUUCCGAUCUCUGGGCCUGUCCGGAUGGGAGCUUUGUCAAGAGGAUCAUAACCCGCGGCCAUGGCUUGGACAAACCCAAGCUGGGCUCCCGCUGCCGCGUCCUGGCUUUGGGGUUUCCUUUGGGGUCAGGGCUGCCAGAGGGCUGGACAGAGCUAACAAUGGGCUUAGGCUCGUGGAGGGAGGGAACCUGGGGGGAACUCACAGAGAAGUGUUUGGAGUCCAUGUGUCAAGGUGAGGAGGCAGAGCUCCAGCUCCCUGGGCACUCUGGUCCUCCGGUCAGGCUCACACUGGCUUCCUUCACGCAGGGCCAGGACUCCUGGGAGCUGGAGGCCAGCGAGAAGGAGGCCCUGGCUAGGCAAGAACGUGCGCGGGGAACAGAAUUAUUCCGAGCUGGGAACCCAGAAGGGGCUGCCCGAUGCUACGGACGGGCUCUUCGGCUGCUGCUGACUUUACCUCCACCUGGCUCUCCAGAACGAACCGCCCUGCACGCCAACCUGGCUGCCUGUCAGCUGCUGCUGGGACAGCCCCAUCUGGCAGCCCAGAGUUGUGACCGGGCGCUGGAGCGGGAGCCUGGACAUUUGAAGGCCUUGUACCGAAGGGGGGUUGCCCAGGCUGCCCUUGGAAACGUGGAAAAAGCAACUGCUGACCUCAAGAAGGUGCUGGCAGUAGACCCCAAAAACCGGGCAGCCCAGGAGGAGCUGGGAAAGGUGAUCUUUCAGGGGAAGAAACAAGAUGCAGGACUGGCGCAGGGUCUCCGCAAGAUGUUUGGCUGA